AUGCUUUUUCAUUUGACACUGAUAGUUAUUGAAGGAUUAACGAUGAAAUCAGCUAAAUUAAUGAAAGGCUGUGGUAAAUGCGAUUUGCGAUCAUCUUACUGCAAAGAAUUGGAAUUCGGCCUAAUAGCUUGUGAAUGUCGAGCAGGUUAUUCAGCAGAUUCUUUAGGAAAUUGUCAACCUCGAUCAGUUAUUAAAGAGUCUCGUGAAGAAAAAUGUGUUCUUGGUCAUGCCGAACAAGCUGCUACCAGGAUUUUGACUGAGUUACUAAAGAAUUACGAUCGUAAUUCUGUUCCAAAAAUGAAAGGAGUCGAUGUUGAUGUAGAAUUGUUGAUUCAAAAGAUAUCGGAGAUAUCAGAAAUCCAAAGCAGUUCAAAAAUGGACAUAUUGUUUUCGCAAAUUUGGCAUGAUCCUGCUUUAUCUUUCGAAAAAGAGGAAGGAGGACAGUGUUUAACAAACCUAUCAUUGCCGUAUCGAAUGGUCGAUCAACUUUGGCUACCUAACGUCUGUAUAGUUAACAGCAAAGGAUCUUCAAUUCACCAGUCGCCUACUCCAAAUGUAUUUCUUGCAAUAUUACCAAAUGGGACAGUGUGGAUGAAUUACCGUAUAGUAGUUGAAACUCCAUGUGAUAUGGAUUUUACAUUUUUUCCGAUGGAUCGGGUUCAGUGCACAAUAGUCUUCGAAAGUUACUCUUUUAACGUUGGGAAAGUCCGGAUUCAUUGGAAAAGGCAUGGGAUUCCUGUUGAAGUUAUCGGAGAUACAAAUCUACCUGAUUUCCAUAUGACUCAUUAUAUUCAUGAAAAAGCUACAUUUGAGUAUCCUGCAGGCGUAUGGGAUCAGUUAAAUAUGAAGAUGUUUUUUCGUCGUUCAUAUGGCUUUUAUCUUUUGCAAGUAUAUCUGCCGGCUUAUUGCAUGGUGCUUAUAUCAUGGAUUGCAUUUUGGCUAGAUCGGAAAUCUUUGCCGGCCAGGGUGACUGUUGGCGUUUCAUCGCUAAUGGCCCUCAAUCUGCAAUAUUCAAAUGUUGCCCGCUCUUUGCCAAAGGUAUCGUAUGUCAAAGGAAUGGACUUUUUUAUGUUCGGAUGCUUUGGAUACAUAUUUUUGUCAAUUGUAGAAUUAGCUAUAGUGGGGAUGCUCGAAAACCCGAGUGAUAAUUCAAAAAAAAAGCCUUCUUUCCUUAGUGAAAAACAAUUUAAUAAACAAAAAACGAUGUUGGAGAAGAAAUUUUCUGAAAAAUUGUUCCAUGGAAGUCAAGAACGCAUUCAUUUAUAUGGAGAGGGCCCGUCAUAUUGUCAAAACAGUUUCAAGGAACCAUUUUGGACAAAAGAGACAACUUUUGUACAAUAUCAUGAACCAGCGCCGCAGGAAUCAUAUAAUGACUCAGAAUCCGAAAUUGCCAAUCAAAAUGCUGCACAUGGUGAACCCAACCGAAUUUUCACGCAAAUUCGUCCACGCAAAAUUAAGAUGCGACGAAAGGGGAGUGCAUUCAAGAUGAGAUUUUUUGAAAAGUGGACAGGUGAAGAUAUGGACAGGCUAUGUCAAAAAGCAUUUCCAAUAUCAUUUGCUAUUUGCAACUUGAUGUACUGGAUGUAUUACACGGCGAAAGCGAGGGAUUAA